AUGCUGUUUUCCAGUCGAUCCGCUGUUCCCCAAAUCACUCCUACCUUAAUUCUAGAUGGCACGUCAGAAGCAUAUGAGGCGCGGUCAUUGAUGAUGCCUUUAUCUAUUUCAGGGUUUGCGUUGCAAGGGGUUGGUCCCGACGGUCAUGCAGGAGCCACAGUCCAUCAGAAGCAGGCACUAGACACGCACGGAUCUACAACUGGAGUUUUGAGAAUUAAUAUCACGACGCGACUGCUCGUCCAGGAGCUCCGAAGAGACAGGGCUGUGGUCCUGGCAGCGGUGCAGCAGAACGGAAGUGCCUUGUGCUACGCCACCGAGGAGCGCAGGGAGCCGGGUCGGGCGAACUGA